AAAGGGACUCGUGUAACAAGUGUAAAAAUACAAUGCAUGAGAAGUAGUAACAUGAGAUGAUAACGGCGAAUGAAUUCGUCGAAGUACAAGGAGAUCAACGGCGACAACAAGCCAACAAUUCGAUAAAACAAUAAGUGAUGCCAGGUGUCAAUAUUUUGAACAGUCAACUUGACGGCGCCAACAUGACAUAAAUUUCUUCUAAAGUUCUUAGAACAAGGCCGAUCCAAACCAGUUUCCCACAUCUGUUGCAUGAUGACCCAGUCCCACAAGACGCUGCGGGACCUUGAGACGGCCGCCCAUCUCAAACUGGUAAAACUGAGAACCUCUGUGGGCCCAGAGGCAGAGAAAGUGAAGAAAUCCCUCAUCUCUGUGGCAUUUGUGACUCUGGCUGUGAAGACGGUUUUUCUGGUGCUAUUUUACUAUGUGUUUUCCAUUGGCCUAACAUUCUACAACCAAAGGUUUAUAAAGCACUGGAACUACCCACUGUCCCUGACGAUGGCGCAUCUCCUGUUCAAGUUCUCCCUGUCUGCUGUGGUGAGGGUUGUCAUGGAGUUAGUAACAAAGAAACCACGGGUCGUCCUACCCUGGGGACCUUACUGUAAACGGGUCGCUCCUGCAGGAAUAACAAGUGCUUUAGACAUAGGUCUUUCAAACUGGAGUUUUGAGUUUAUAACAGUUUCUUUAUACACAAUGUCAAAGUCUUCAGCUGUGAUAUUUAUACUGAUGUUUGCUGUAAUCAUGAGAUUAGAAAAAUGGCGUUGGUCGCUUUUGUUUGUAGUGCUAUUUAUAGCGACAGGGCUGUUUAUGUUCACGUACCAUUCGACGCAGUUUAACCUAGAGGGAUUUUCGAUGGUCAUGACCGCCUCUGUACUGUCGGGCCUUCGCUGGACUCUAGCACAGGUUGUCAUGCAGAAAAACGAGCUAGGUCUGCACCACCCACUAGACACUAUGUACCACAUACAACCCUGGAUGAUUGUCGGCUUGAUCCCUCUCUCUAUAGCAUUUGAAGGUGUACCCCUGGCUACAACAGACCAAUUUUUCCGGUUCAAUGACUAUGAGAUACUUCUAAGAAACUGCAGUCUUGUCCUCCUUGGUGCGUUCCUCGCGUUCAUGCUGGAGUUCAGCGAGUUUCUCCUGCUCUCACAGACUUCUAGCCUCACCCUCUCCAUCUCCGGAAUAUUUAAGGAGCUGUGCACACUGCUGCUAGCCCAUAUGAUUAAUGGAGACACGAUGAAUGCUGUGAAUGGUGUCGGCCUCUUCGUUUGUCUCUUGGGAAUCAUUCUACAUGUUGUGCUGAAAGCCCUACAUAGGCAGGAGACGUCCAGUCCUUCUCAAAAUGGAGCAGAACGCAUACGAAUGCUAAACCUUGACAACACCGCUAACAUCAGUGAAGAUGACGAAGAUGAAAUAUUUAAUGUCAGGGACAGAUAACAUUACACUGACAGCUUGCAUUGACAUUGCCUGGUGUCUGUCAGGGACAGAUUUCAUCAAUUUUUCCUGGUUACUGUCAGGGACAAAUGGCAUCAACUUUUUCUGGUUACUGUCAGGCCCAGAUUGAAAAAUCAUUGCCUGGUUACUGUCAGGGACAGAUGGCAUCAACUUUUAUCUGGUUACUGUCAGGCCCAAAUUGAAUCAUCAUUGCCUGGUUACUGUCAGGGACCGAUGGCAUCAACUUUUUUCUGGUUACUGUCAGGCCCAGAUUGAAUCAUCAUUGCCUGGUUACUGUCAGGGACCGAUGGCAUCAACUUUUUCUGGUUACUGUCAGGCCCAGAUUGCAUCAUCAUUGCCUGGUUACUGUCAGGGACAUAUGGCAUCACCUUUUCCUGAUUACUGUCAGGCCCAGAUUGCAUCAUCAUUGCCUGGUUACUGUCAGGGACAUAUGGCAUCACCUUUUCCUGAUUACUGUCAGGGAUAGAUCGCAUCAAUUUUUCUUGGUUACUGUUAGGUACAGAUGGCAUUAAUAUUGCCUGGUUACUGUCACGGACAGAUGGCAUCACCUUUUCCUGGUUACAGUUAUAGACAAAUGGCAUCAACUUUUCUUGAUUACUGUCAGGGACAGAUUGCAUUAAUAUUGCCUGAUAAGCUUAAGAUAGUCCUGUCUUGGUAUACAUGAAGGAUAGAGUCUUCCACAGUUACAUUAACAUUGCCUUGUUGCUGUGUUUACAUGAGGGAUUUUUUUUAUUUUGAUAUGAGGGAAAUAUAGCAAUUAACAUUUCUUGUAAAUGUGAAGGCAGAUGUUAUUUUUUGAGCUUUAAAUUGUGUGGUCAACACCAAAAAUUAAUACAGCUAUACUUGUGAUGUUAACUGUAAAACAAGUACUUUGAAGUCAAAAGUGACACUGAUAUUUUUGCCCGUAUCGUGCCCUGGCAAUCACAGCUUAUUUAUUUUUUAAAGUUUCUUUAAUUCUAUUGUUAUCAUUGUUAUUCAUUUGUCUAGUUAUCUUGUCACUUGGUUAAAUUUCAUGUACUGUUGUCAGGGUGAAUUAUUCCGCAGGACUCAUUUUCACAGACAACGCCACAAUUUUUGUCAUAAAUUUCAGGUAAAUUGCUCAUGUUCAGGACCAACUGCAUUAAUGUUUCAUGUGAUUCCAUGUUUAGAUUUUUUGUUCUAGUCAUACAUGUGUGUAUUAAAAUUGAGGAAAAUUAGAGAAGAAAUACUGGACAUGCAAAAAAGCCUUAAACAAUACUGUAAUACAUUCCGAUACUAUUGCCAAACAACAUGAAAUGUAGUCUACUUGAUGUUUUCACUGGUCUUGAUUAUUAUUAUGUGUUUGUUGUUAUGCCCCCAAGGAGCUGAGGACCUCCUUGUACUUGACUGUGUUUGUUAGCCCAUGUUCAAAAUGAAUCUAUUUUUAUUAAAAAUUGGAUAAAUAUU